AUGCCCGAGGCUGGGCAAUCCCACCAUUCAUCAUCGUCGAGGGCAGCUACCACCUCUCUUCUUGCUCGAACAACUGGGGUUUAUCGCCUCCUCAUCCUCGACGGCCAUGGCAGCCACCACUCGCCUGACUUCGAGCUCUACUGCAAGAACAACAUCAUCACCCUCUGCAUGCCUCCCCAUUCAUCCCACAAGCUCCAGCCAGCCGAUGUUGGGUGUUUCAGCCCGCUGAAGGCGGCAUACGGCAAGCAGAUCGAGGAGAUGAUGCGGGCAAGCAUAACCCACAUUACUAAGGAGGACUUCUUUCCUGCAUUCCUCGCAGCUCACCAGGCAACGAUGACGUACGACAACAUUCGGGGAGGCUUUCGAGGUGCUGGGCUUGUUCCUUUUUAUCCCGAGGAGGUGAUCUCCCAGCUCGACAUCCGUCUUAAGACGCCAACACCCCCGAACUCACGGCCAGGCAGUGCCUACGCGUGGGUUUCCAAGACGCCGAACAACCCAAUCGAAGCCUCUUCGCAGACCACCCUUAUCAAGACCUGGAUUGCCCAGCAUCAAAAUAGCUCUCCAACGUCGCUUUUAGCUGCAGUUGAUUAG